AUGGGAAACCAAAGCUCUCGCGUUGCACCGGCUGGGGUGGUGCCCAGCGUGGACGGUGGCGUCGUCGUGAAUGUAGUGAAUGUGGCCCGCAGCGAGAACAAGUCGGGCGCGGCUAUUGCGACGAUGCUUCUGGAUCAGAACGACGAGAUUCAGCGAUGCUUUAAGGAGGCUGCGAGCGCAGCUGGGGCAGCAAAGCAGCCUCAAGCUCUGCCGGUGAUGGCCAGUGCCUUCGCGCAGCAAAUACAAGAGUGGGCAGUGGCCUGUGAAACCGAAGCAUAUGAAAGUGAGAUUGGCACGCGUGCGCACAGCUUCUCAGUGCCGAUGCUGGUGGCGAGCCACUCUGGGCAGACCGAAAAGGCCCAGGAGCUGAUGAGCGACAUGGAGGCCUCGCUGAACGAAGAGGUCAGUUCCAAGAAGAUCUCUCCCUCCAGCGAAGCUUGGAUGCUGGGGCGCCUGUUGGCUGCAAACUGCCAUCUCCGUGCCGACGCCGACGGGAUCGCCGAGAAGCUUCGAGGCGUGCUCGACCAAAUCCUGGCACGACGCCUGGCGCAGCCGGAGAGCUUGGAGACGGCCGACGCUGCUGAGUCCUGGGCCUGGGCUUACUUGAUGCUUUACGGCGGCAGGGAGUCCUCGGAUCUCGGGGCCUGGCUCAAGGCCAGCCGCAUCUUGUGGAACUCCGUCGAUGCCGCCGGCGUGGAGAUGGGAAAUCGGAUGUGGGUAAGCACGAUGGCCCUCCUUGCCUUCUCCAAGCAGCUGGAUGCAAGCUGCAUCUGUUCGUCGCCCGACCCCUUUGCCCGGGAAACCGUCGUCGAAACGAUUAGCGACAUCUUGUCUUUCCUCAGGCUGGAUCUUCGAGCCCUUCCAAGUGCCGCAAAUGGCGGCGCAGAUCCCGAUCUGGUUGGUCAACACCAACUAUCCCUUUCUGAUGCGAUGCGCCAGGUUCCCGAAGGCGCUUUCCGCGCCUGGGCCAUCAGCCUUGUAAAGCUUGCGAGUGUCCAGGCAGAUCUCGAAAUUGAGGACUUGGCCGAGGUCUUUCGCGAGGCAAUGGAAAGCACAGUUCCUGGAGACCUCGCACUGGGAGCUACAACUUGGGCUUACGCAAUGUACGUAGCUGAGUGGAAGCUCUUGUCUGCCACAGCGCCUGGAGAAUGA